UUUUUUUUUUUUGAGGAGAAAAAAUGCGUUUUCAAGACAAAAAGUCGCCCGAGUGCAGCCCAUGGCACAGCUGGACCCAGCUCUGCAAACACAUGAGCGCAGGGGCACGGGUCUAACAUGAGGGAAAAGCAAAGUUUUGCUGGGAGUUAAACCUCAACCGUGCCCAUUUAUCGAUAUUUUAUGCGUAUUUUGCAUGUGAGAUUCCCCUUGUGCUCUUUCCCCAGCCCAAGGACUGCUCUGCUCUUCGUGCUGUUUACAGCCCAGGCUGCUAGAGGAGAGGCGAACAGCAGCUCUGCGCCUCAGCUCUGCUCACCUUCAGUCCGUGUCCCUGCAGGCACUGAGCCAGGAUGGGUUUCGCCGAGGAUAAAGUGUACAACUACAUCCUGAGUAACAUGACCAGGUUUUGUAACAUCCACGUGGCGUCGCUGGUUGAUUCCCUGAGCUGCCUCACCGACGCCGACAGGGAUGAGCUUCACACCCGGCAGGAUAUGCGGGGGGUCCGUGCGACGGUGUACAAAUUUUACCAGCACCUGAAGUGCCGAAAGGGCUGGGUGACGGAUCUGAUCAAUGCCCUGCACCAGAACAACGCGGGGCACCUGGCUGAGGAGCUGCAGCAGGUUUAUGACCGCUACCGAGUCCCUUCUCCAGGUGCCUCAGCUCCUCCAAGUCCUUCGGCCCCAGUUUCUCGGCCUGCCGCCUCCUCUGACGGUGCCACGAUGCCGUUCCCAGGGCCAAACUCUGCUGCAGAUGCUCCAGUGGCCAAGCUACCACGCUACAACCCAUCUGCUGCUGGCCAUCCACCUCUCUCACCCGCUGCUGCCACCGCUGCGACCUCAGCUGUGAGCUCGGAUAUUUCCAGCACAGAGCUGGAUGCCAGGGCCCCAGUGCAGGAAUCGCUCCCAGAAAGAAAGAGUCCCCAGCCACCGUUGCCGAUGAACACAGUCUGUGAUGGCAAAGAGAAACCUCUCCCUUACCCCACCGAAGUGCAGCAAGGGGCAGUGGAGACCCCUGGGGCAUCCAGCACAGUUUUAUCAUCGUCUGUGUCCCCUGAGCAGGGCCGGGAGUGGCUGAGCCCACGGCAUCCAGUGUGUGUGGACAAUGGGUGUUUUGGGAACGCAAACCACCUGCAACGCGGCGUGCCAAACUUGAGUUUGGGCAGGUCUCUUCCACCAAGAGAUUCGAGUGCCGCUUCUGGCCCUGAGCAGACCAGGAACGAGCCCCAAGAAGAUGUCUACAUCUCCAGUGAGUUGCCUGUGAGGUUGGUGGAGACUGCUGGCGGUGGGGGAGUAGAGCUCCCAGACUCACUGAGGACACAGGAGGAACAACCUGUGCACAGUUCCAAGCACAGCAGGCCCCCGAGCAGCUUCGUGGAUGUGCGCAACCCCUUGCUUAUACAACAGCAGUUUGAUGCAGAGCAGAAACAGGCUGAGAUGAUGAGAGAACACGAAGGAGGUGGAGAUGUUUGGAAGGAAACAGUCACCUCCGUCUCUGCCCCUGCACCCAGAGGUAUUUCCCCAGUCUGUGACACCUUGAAUCCUCCUGUACGAGAGAAAAUGCAGUCUGGGGAGGAAGCAGCCAGCAGCAGCCCCUUCAUGCCAGAGAAGGAGAAAGUGCACUCGGCAUCAGUGGCCUCCCUGUCAGGUAUGACUGCUGCAGGAAGCUUUGAAGGUGCAGCUGGGAGGACUCCCUCACGAGUGAGCUCUGCUGCCAGCAUCUGGGCAUCUCAUGAUAAUGAGGAGGAAGAUGUGGAGCUCAGCAAGCCAGGUGUCCUCCAAUCUGUGGUAGGAGAGAGCCCAAUGGCAGCUACCAGACACCUUGGCUGCCCCAGUUCCAAUACAUCCAGUCACCAUGGCUUGAGCAGCGACCCGCUCAUGGUGAGCACGGACAGCUCAAGCCCCGGAGAAGCACUAUCCAGAACCACUUCGGGAUGCUGGUCUGCAACUCCAGCAGCUCAUGCAGACCCUGGGGGAGAGGAGGCAGCUGGAGCAAGCCCAUGUCCACCUCUGAGCUGGGGCAGUCCCUCUGUGGGCACCCAUGAGGUCCAUGUGGAAUAUCACCCCAGCGCCCUGCUGGCAGCAGGCAGUGAUGUCCGAGAUGGGGCAGUCUCCUUUGGAAACUCUCCUGACUCAAGCAGGGGAUGUAGUGCUGCAACCAGCUCAUCUCAGGCCGAAGUCCCCACAUCAGGGGACUGCAAUGGGCUGCCUCUGCUGUACGUCCUUCCAGCUGUUGGCAUCGCACUGGUUUCAGUGUUUCUGGUGUACAAGCGAUUGCAGAAAUAGCAGUAGAGAGAAGUUGAGAUGCCACAGCCACCAAAGGGAGAUUCCUCUUUGUAGCAGGAAUUUGGCCAGCAUGUUUGAAACCCAAAUUGCAGCUGGAGGGACUGUAGAGGCUUUGUUAAAUCUCUUUCCAGAAAGUUUCCUGGAAGAGGCCUUGGUUGUGUGAUGCUGUUGGGUUUUGGUCUGUUUCCCCAUUUUCCAACCACCUUCCUGUCUGUGCUGCCUUCUUCUUUUUCACCCACAGAGAGGGUGUCUCUCAGGGAGUGAUCCCUUGAGGCCAAAAUCAGAACCUUCCUGGCCAUUCUCCACGUCUUCACGUUUGGUUCUAGAAGGCCCCUCUCCUGCCAAGAGAUGUUCCUGUGAUGAGGACAUGCCAGGCAGGACCAUAUGCAAGCUGUCCCCUGUCCCAGGAGCCCCUGUCCUGUUUCAGUGCUUUCCUUUGGAGCAUCCUGCCCUGGACCUGUGGGUCAGGAAUGGCACAGGAUCCAGGAUUACUUCACGCAGCACUGACACCCCUGGGGAUGAAGCAGUGGGGCAGGAAGGAGCUGUAUCUAUCCUUGUGCAUCUUUCUCAUGGAUCAACCUCACUUCUCCUUUCCCCCAAACAGGGGGAGAGAGGAUUUAGGCAUAUGCUUUCAGAGAACAAUUUCACACAAUGCCAGCAUGAGCCAGGCUUUCUCUUAGCUGGGAUUGCUGUGUGUCUUUUGAUCUACCAGCUGUAUGUAGUGAGCCUGGCUAGGAGGGUGGAUUUAAUUCUCACAUUUCCCAGUACCUGGUGCAGUGAGAUGGGAAACUUGUGUCAAGGUUGGGACACAAAUAGGGUCAGCUCUGCAUGCUGCAGAGAGGCCAUACACCAGUGCUAGCUGGUGGUCCAGAUACUCAGGGUUAUCCUGAGGAUUCUGUUUCAAAUUUCAGACCAUAAUUUCCCAACUGCACCCAGGGGUCAGCUUGGGAGUCUGAGGGGAUUGGGCUGCAAGACUUCUGGAUAAGAGAAAAUCCCAAACCCAAAUAAGCAUCCCCUGGUUCCCUCAGCCCGUGGCAGCUUUCAGGGGCAGCAGUGAUCCUGCUCAGUUACUGUUUGCCUGCAUUUCCAGCUCCAGGCAGUGCUUGAACCAUCCCAAACUGCUAUGCCUGUUUCCUCUGUUGCUAUGGCUGUAGGUUAUUCACCAUCUCUCACGUACUCCCUCCCAAAAGGACAGAGGAAUAAAAGAAACAAAGUGGGCUUUUUAGCUUGAGGAUUUUCUUUUAAGCUCUAAAGGCACCAGUGUUGACUUUUAGGUUGCCCUGCAAUCCCAUGAUCUGUGGGAAAUGGGAGCUGUGGCAGGAGGCAGGGCUGGGCAAAAAGUAUGGAGAUCUGGAGACAGAUUUGCACAGCAGAAGGCUCACACUAUGGGCAGUCAUGGCUUGAAUGUGACUAGCUGGCCAGUGCACUAUAGGCUUUAAACCACUGCAGUGGCCGAGCUGCAUUCAUGAUCCGGGCUGCAAUCCUGAUCCAGGCUGCUGCUGCUUUCCUGGAUCUGGUAAUUUAUUCCCCUUGGAUCCAGGCUGUGCAGCACGGGUUCCCAAAAUGUAACCCUGUUGAUAAGCUCCCUGGGACUGGCUGCAUGGUACAGCCGUUGUGCCCAGAGCUCAGCAUGGACCGCUCACAGUGCAGAGGAUCAGUGAGCCCUAUGGUGGGAUGAAGGGCUGCUCCUCUGACAAAACUGUCCAGAAUUGAGGUACCCUUCUGAGGCUUUUCUAGGUGGAAUGGUAUCCCUGGGAUCCUUGAUGCAAAUACUGUGGUCAGAGAAGCUCACGUGAGUUGUGUUGUUACUGAUACCAAAGGAAACGCUGGGGCUUCGGAAGGCACCCAUCUGCCUCUGUCCUGUCCUGCAUCCCCAGGUGUUGAGCCAUGUGCUUGUUUUCCCAGAGCUCUGCCUUAUUUUCUGGUUGAUUGCCUUAGCACCACCAUUAGCCUGGAGGAGACGUAACAUGGAGCCUCUUCUGACUUGGGCAUCGUUGGACAAGUUGUCUCCAAAUUGCAAACAGUCCUGCCACAGCACAGCAGGCUGGGGGACUUCUGCUUCAGUUGGUAGGGCUGACAGCCGCUAACACUUUUCCCUUUGCCCCAAAAUGCACAAAGUGCCUCCCUUAAAUAGACAAGGGCAAUAAAUAUAUGCAAUAGUGAGGUGUUGAUUUUGAUCUGACAGGGCUGAUCUUGAGAGUGAACUUGAGAUGUUCACUUCUUGCCCAAUGCCCAGCAUUUUUACCCAUCAGUGGAUGAGAGAGGGCAUUUUAAAUGCACUUUACAUCCUCUACUCGGAGAGGGGAUACAGGGGCUGUUCUCCCCAUUUGAAGACAACGUAAUGACUUGUCCAAAACCUCCCCACAAGCAGGGGGAAGAACCCGGGGUUCCUUAGAAGCAGUCCCUGGUAAGAUGUUUUUUCUCAGCCUUAGAUAUUUUUGUCAGUGAGUACUUUGUACCUCCCUGGUUCUCAGCGCCGAGAACCGCAGAAGGCAAUUUGGAAAUCUCUCCAAAUCCUUUCACUUUGUUCCAGGCUCCUUCUUGUUCCUGAAUAUAUCUCACAGAGCUAAAAGCUGAAAUGGCCAGCGAACGUACAUCAUGUAAAGCGGAGCACACGAGCCUGUGCAGCCGCACUGCAGAAUCGGCCUGAAAAUUGAACCUGUGAGAAAAGAGGAGGCAGAUGCCUUCUCCUCCUGCUUUCUGUGCCAUUUUUGAGGGCAUCUGUGAGAUCUCAAGCCGGCAGCAUCCGUACCAAGGCUCUCUUCUCUGACGUUUCAUCUGUCUGCGGAUUUUUUUUUUUUUCAUGCGUUUUUCCCAAGUGCUUUUUAGCUUGUACGCUCCGUAUUUCCGUGUUGAAACACACCUGUGAAACGGCAGAUUUAACAACGCUUCAGGUGUUUGGUUUUCUUGGUGUUUGGUGUGAAGUGCCUCUAUUUUCAGAGCUGUGAUGUAGCACUUUGAGGACGUAAUCAACAAGAUGGCAUCGUGUCCCUGAAAGCCUUAUGCUGAACACCUAUGACGGAAUACAUAAUAAAACUGCUGCUCCACAAAA